CUUUUGCGGCCGGCUCCUGAUUGGUGGUCACACUUGCAUACGCAUGUAACUAUCCUAGUAGUAGGAGGCUACACGCCCAGAUUAAAACCCUGCCCUCGUGCUCAUCCUGCUUGAGGGCAACGGAAUUUUUCACCAAUCCAUCUCCUGCUGGUAUCUUUUACUUCGUCACAUCGCGAUGUCUGCUGAGAACUCAUGGCAAGACUCUCAGUCGAAGGAUGUUGGCGUCUUGGAGACACACGUCCAGGCUGUCGAUACUCCCGACGCUGAUCCUUCGGCCGAGUUGUCCCGCAAGAGACAGAGUCUCUCCGACUUUUUGACCAUUCUCGCUAGUGGAUUCGCUCUCAUCAGUGAUGGCUACCAGAAUAAUCUCAUGACUAUGACCAAUGUACUCCUGAAGGCAGAAUACCCCAAACAAUACGUUUCGGCUGUAUCUACGCGUGUAUCAAAUGCCCUGCUUGUUGGAGAAAUUAUCGGCCAGAUCGUCAUAGGUCUGACAUGCGACUAUGUCGGCCGCAAAGCUGCCAUGGUCUUCACCACCCUAAUGAUCGUAAUCGGUGGUAUCCUAGCCACCGCAUCGCACGGUGUCACUAUCGACGGCAUGUUCUGGAUGCUGACAGUUUCGCGUGGUAUUAUUGGCUUUGGAACCGGUGGUGAAUAUCCCGCAUCUUCGGUUUCAGCAUCCGAAACAGCCAAUGAUUUGACCUUGAAGCAGCGUGGUCCAGCUUUUAUCAUGGUGACCAACUUUCCGCUGUCAUUCGGUGGUCCCUUUGCCGUUUUGGUCUUCUUGAUUGUUUUCUCAGCCUGCCAGCAAUCCCACUACAGCACCGUCUGGCGCGUCUGCUUCGGUAUCGGGUGCAUCUGGCCUCUGUCCGUGUUCUACUUCCGAUGGCGCAUGCUAAACUCCGCACUCUAUCGUCGCGGAGCCAUCAAGAAGCAAGUACCAUAUGGUCUGGUGAUUCGUUAUUACUGGAAGUCACUCAUUGGCACUUGCGGCGCCUGGUUUCUCUACGACUUCGUCACCUUCCCCAACGGCGUUUUCUCCGCCACCAUCAUCUCCUCCGUGGUCGGGGACGACUCGAUCCUCAAAACCGGCGAAUGGCAACUCCUCCUGGGAGCCAUCUCCCUGCCCGGUGUCUUUCUUGGAGCUCUCCUCUGCAACAAACUCGGUCGCAAAAACGUAAUGAUGAUCGGUUUCGGCGGAUACCUCAUUUUCGGUCUCAUUAUUGGCUGCGCGUAUGAAAAAAUCACCAAGAUUAUCCCACUCUUUGUGGUUUUCUACGGCUUCAUGCAGAGUUCUGGCAACUUCGGCCCGGGAAACAUGCUCGGCUUGCUUUCAUCGGAACUCUAUGCCACCGGUGUUCGAGGCACUUGCUAUGGAUUGUCUGCGGCUGUGGGAAAAGCAGGUGGUGCUAUUGGUACCCAAGCAUUUACUCCCAUCGAGGAUAACCUAGGUAAAAAGUGGACGUUCAUCAUUGCGGCUAUUUGCGGUGUUGUGGGGAUUUUGGUGACUUAUUUCUUUGUUCCGGACAUUUCGGGUGAGGAUUUGAGAUUCCGUGAUGAGAAAUUCCGGGCCUACCUUGUGUCGAAGGGGUGGGAUGGUGCGAUGGGUGAGGAUGAUAUGCAGGCCUUGGCAGAUGACAGCAUUCCGCCGUCUUUCAGGGAGACAAAGUGAAGGGGGGUCCUUGUUGGGUAUUGGGACGGAAAAGAUGGUGAAUGGUUUGUUUGCAUAUACCUUUAAUGAUUUUCAUGAUUGAUGUCUUGAAAGAAUUAGUAAUAGCUUAAUGAAGUACAAGGAGGGUGUCUGCCACUACGAAGGGGUUCGGCCAAUCCUUCUAGGGUCGCAACCCCUUCAUCAGUUAUAGAGAGAAGGCGCGAUGCCCUAGGAUUUCCUGAUAUUCUAGAGAUGUUCUGGCAUGUUUUGACUAGAGAACUACGCUCCAUCCUUCAUCCUUUGACUGGCAUGUACACUGCAGGAUCUUUUUGUAAUCUCGGAACUCCAUCUGUGGCGAUCAGUGAAACAAGG